GCCAGUCGCGGCCCGGAGCUGCGGAGCUCAGCGUCUCUCCUUGCUAGGCCUGCUCUCAGACCGGCGCGCCCUUGCUCGGCCAUGGAGCCGACCCCCGACGCCGAGGAGGCGCGCACGGUGCGCGAGGCGCUGGGCCGCUACGAGGCAGCGCUGGAGGGCGCGGUGCGCGCGCUGCACGAGGACAUGCAGGGGCUGCAGCGCGGCGUGGAGCGGCGUGUGUCCGAGGCGCUGCGCCUGGCCGGUCCGCUGGCGCGCACCGUGGCCGACCUGCAGCGCGACAACCAGCGGCUGCAGGCGCAGCUCGAGCGCUUAACGAGCCAGGUGGAGGCACUGGGCUUGGCGACCGGGGUGUCCCCCGCUUCCGGCACGCCUGGCACGCCCAGCCCUCCGCCCGCGCCCGGCGUCCGGGACCGCGCGCCCCGCCUGGGCACUGCACGCUUCGCCAGCCACGCCACCUUCUCGCUGUCCGGCCGCGGCCAGAGUGUGGAUCAUCCUGACGAAGCCAGCGAAUCAGAGAUGAGAAGGACUUCAAACUCGUGCAUCGUCGAGAACGGGCACCAGCCGGGGGCAGGUCCAGGCGAUGGACCCCCUGAGGCUGCCCAAUCCUUCCUGGCACCAGAGCCCCCCAAGCCUCGCCCCGUGAGCCUCUCCUUGCGGCUGCCUCACCAGCCAGUCACGGCCGUCACACGAGUCUCCGAGCGGUUCUCUGGGGAGACCUCAGCCGCAGCCCUCUCGCCCACGUCUGCUGCUGUUCUGGGGGGCCUCAGCUCGAGCCCCAGCGAGGCCACCACACCCUGGACUCCCAGUCUGAGUGAGAAGAAUUCUCUGCCACGGUCUUUGUUGAGCUCUGGCUAUGGGGCAGUGACGGCAGGCAGGAGCAACGACAGCCCGCCUCUGGUGACGCCACCCCAGUCGCCCCCAUCCCCGCAGCCGCCAGCCACGACUCAGGCCCCUCGCCAGGGGGAGCGUCGCCGGGAGCUGGUGAGGUCGCAGACGCUGCCCCGCACCUCAGGGGCACAGGCCCGGAAGGCCUUGUUUGAAAAAUGGGAGCAGGACACAGCUGGCAAGGGGAAAGGCGAGACCCGGGCAAAGCUGAAGCGGUCGCAGAGCUUCGGCGUGGCCAGCGCCAGCAGCAUCAAGCAGCUGCUGCUCGAGUGGUGCCGCAACAAGACUCUGGGCUACCAGCACGUGGACCUGCAGAACUUCUCCUCCAGCUGGAGCGACGGGAUGGCCUUCUGUGCCCUGGUGCACUCUUUCUUCCCUGAUGCCUUUGACUACAGUGCCCUGAGCCCCACGCAGCGGCAGAAGAACUUUGAGCUGGCCUUCACCAUGGCUGAGAAUCUGGCCAACUGCGAGCGCCUCAUCGAGGUGGAGGAUAUGAUGGUGAUGGGCCGCAAGCCGGACCCCAUGUGCGUCUUCACCUAUGUCCAGUCGCUGUACAACCACCUGCGUCGCUUUGAGUGAGCCCUUGGGCCUGAAGAGCCAAAGAGCAACCCCAAGAGGCGGCUGUGGGGCCGCUGUGUCCCGCGUCAGGAUGACCCCCGAGAAGAGAUGCAUUUUGGUGUGAGAGCGCUGUUUGUUCUGUGGUGUGUGGCUGCGCUCCGGCCUGCCCGGCCCUGUGACUGAUGAGAAGUACCACUGAGCUGCGCUCCGACCUGUCACAGCCCAGGGCUCGAAGGAACAGGAAAAAUUACCAGAGAGAGAGAGAGAAAUUGGUGCUAAGUAAUUAUCUUCCUUAAAAAAGUGCUUGUCUGUAGAUGCUGGAAUGCUAAAUCACAAUUUUCCCUCUGGUGAAUUCGAUACGUUGGCUUUACAGGGUUACGUUGAUUACUAAGUGUUUUUUAUCAAAAUACCCAGAGUUUUUUACUUCCUCACACUAUUGUGGGUUCCUUUCCUCCCUCCCUCUGGGCCACUGCCAGGAAACAGACCGCUUAAUCAGCGGCUUGACAAAGACCGAAGUCUUGGGAAGAAACAGUUUAAUCACUCCAGGUCCCGAGCAACAGAUGACCUUCAAGUCACCUCGGCUCUCUGGGGAGAUGGGAAGGCACUCGCCUGGUCCCAAAACACUCCUGUCCUUCCCGGGAGGCCCCACAAGUGUUUAGCUAAGAAUAGGCUCUCGUGAAGUUAACACUUUUGGGGACGGACAGGCUCUUUGUGCAGAGAGGUAGUUUUUAUUCACAGCUUUUUUAGGGGAUUUGCUGCAGAUAUUUAUAAAAAGUAACUCCAUCUGUACUGUUGACCAUUUGUACAUAAAAAGAUGUGUUGACCUUCG